CCUCAAGUUACCUCAUUCUCACUGUCCAAGAUUGCUUUUGGAGGCAGUGGGCAAGAGGAGAAAAAGGAAGUUCCCCCCCCAGUUGCAUCAGCUUACUGGAUUCAGUGUUCCUGGAGAACCACACAACAUUUUAACUUAUAUCUCAUUGGUCAUGUAGCUGCUAGGGAAGCUGAGAAAUCCACGUGGCAUUGGGACCAGCUAAAAGUUAGGAUCUUUAACUAAAGAUGAAGGAGGUCGUGUUUGGUAGGCAACUUUCAGUUUUAACCCAUACAGCUUUAUUGGCUCCCUAUAUAUCUGUGUACACUCUUCUGAAACAUAGAAAACACUCACUUGCCCUGCCCCAAAAGGAAAUCUCCCACAUCCAAUCCAUUAUUGCAUGUAGCUCAAAGACAAUGAUACCCUUGUAUAGUCCUCUCUGUCAGGUUAGGAUGUGGCACCUAAUGUUCUGGCCAUCUAAAAACUAAAAACUAAAAACAGACGAAAAAACAAACUAAAAAACAAGGUGUCUGCCUCAUGAGUACCAAAUGCAUAAUGGUAGGUACAGGAUAACUGCAAUAAAAUCAACCUUUCAGAAGAGGGGAAAAUAGCAGUCACUGAUCCAUAACACUUAAAAGGUACUGCUUGGCAAAAAUAGCAAGGUCUCUCUGCCCUGUCUAUAAAUAUAUUCCUUGGUUUUCAUAUCAGGCAACCCCUGAUUCACUUUUGUGGGAGGAACUCCCUUGUCGAAUGUCCUCAGGGGCCCUUGGCGCUGCCUUCUAGCAAGUUUUUAUUGUCCAUUAAUUUUCAAGGACACAUUUGCGUGGGCAUUGGAAAGUGUGCUGGUCUUGGGGGCCGGACCCCAUAACUUCCUGUUACGGUGGGUUUAGGGGCUUGGGAAUUGUUUUAGAUAGUUACAGGCUGUUGCAGGCCAGGUUUAGGGUUUGUUUUUGUUUUGUUUUUUGGCAAAAACUUCCCCUAAAAACUUAGUAUGUUUUUGGUCUGUCUUUUUCAAUUAUUAACCAUGAGUAACCACAAAGAUCUUGUCAAGACACAGUUUUUAACAAAGAACAUCAUCUUUUACUUGCUGGCUUCUGUGCUCUCUCUCUCUCCCCUUGGGUCUUAAAUGAAUGGUACCUACUUGGGACCAUUUUAAAUUGUAGGCUUGGAUGGGAUGGCAAAAAUCCCAGUCUGAUCUCUUUCCUUAGGAUGGCUCCCAUUACUUGGCAGAAAAUUCUUAAGAAAGGUUGAGGCAGAAAAAGGAAAGGCAGAAAAAAGGUUGAGGAAGCUUUAGCAGCUUCCUCAGAACCUUUACUUAUAACUGUUUCAGUUUGGAGUAGUAGCUGACUUUUCCAAUUUUUCAGGGCUCCAGAUUUGGGACUUUGUCAAUUUAUUUUGUAGAGAGCCAUUUCCUUGGCAAAGCUAUAUUCCUUUCCAUCUGUGCAGUCUUGUUAACCUUAGCCUGAGUCCCAUCUCUCCCUUAUGACUUUGCUGAAAGAGGCUAGAAGCAGCCCACAUGCUAACAUUCUGAAGUUCUACCACUACUUCCUCUGAUAUCUUAACCUUAGUGGCAUGAGGUCUCACUGCCCAAAGCCCUACUCCUCAACUAACCUAACUCCAUAUUUAAGGUCCUUUUACUAGCUGUACCUUACUUCUAGCUACCAAAUUCUGUCUAGGUCAGGAUUCCUGGUUGUAGAUAAUGGGAUCUUCUUUAGCUGUUAAACAGAAGGGGCUUGAUUAAGGGGUGCUUGAUUAAGGGUAACUCACAGAAUCUUUGGGAAGGCAGAUGAAACAGAACUUAGGCUGAGCUUCAUAGGAACUCCAUCACAAGAGUGGGCUGCCAAAGAAGCUGCUGCUUUUGGAACAAUCCAGAAGCUGCCUGCCGGAUCAAGAUGCCUCCUGCUGGAUUAAGGAAGCUGAGAACAGUUGCCAGCUCCAUAACUGUACCACCUCUGCCGUGCUUUGUGUUGGCAAAAGUGGACACCUCGUGUGCUGCCUCUCUCCCCAUGUAACCUGGUUCUGAGCAAAAGUCUCAAGUUUUCUGCAAGUGGAGAUGGCAGGGGAGACUCAGACAGUGCUUCUGAAUCACAAUGCCACUAUUAUCUGCAAAGUCCAGGGUUACCACCACCUGGACAUCACAAUUAUGGGUAUCACCUGGUUUUGGAAGCAUCGAGUGUCUGCAACAGAAGUUAAACUGUUUGAGUUUUUUGGAGACCACCAAAUGACAGUCCGACCUGGAGCCUCCGUGUCUCCCUGGAGGCUGAAAAGGGGGGAUGCCUCGCUGCAGCUGCCAGGGGUCCAGCUGUGGGAAGCAGGAGAGUACCGAUGUGAGGUGGUGAUCACCCCUCACAAAGCAGUGGGAACAGUCCGGCUGGAGGUUGUGGCUUACCCAGUCAGCAGCUUGUUUCCAGAGCAAGCCAUGGUGAAAGAAAAUGAAGAACAACUUAUUUCGUGUAUGGCAAGUGGAUUCUACCCCACGAACAUUACUGUAACAUGGAAAAAGUGGACCCCGAAGAAUCCCCAGUAUGUGGAGUUUUCUGAGGGCGUCUUCACUAAUCGUACCACCAAAAAUGAGGACGGCAUGUUUAAUGUCACUAGCUUCUUGAUGCUAAAGCCCUCUCUGGAAGACAACAUGACCAUCUACCAGUGUGUGGUAUGGCACGAAUCCUUGCCUACCUCCCAGAGGCUCAACUUCUCCUUGACUAUGAUAGAAUCUGAGAAGUCACCUUGUACUCUGAAGUACAUUUUUCUCUGUGCUGGAAUAAUCUUCGUAAUCAUACUGAUUUUAUCUAUUUUUUGGAAACAGGUACUACGUCAAACAAAUGCCUUAUUCUCCAUCUUGAAAGCUUAUUCUCGGAAUACCCAGAUUGACACAAGAGAGACUGAAGAACUAUAAUGAGGUGCUUUCAUUAUGAUGCAUUCAUGGCUUAUUCUGAUGGGGGAACCACUAGAAGAAAAUCGGAAGUUUUUACCCAGAAACAGCAGAGACAACAAGGUCUCUCAGUGAAUGCGUCUGUAACUGAAAUUACUUUUCCCGGUGGCUUAGAUGGCUUGCUCAAGAGCAGACUGUUCAAGCUGCCUUCUUUGAUAGCCUCCUGCCAGUCGACUUAUCCAAGAAAAAAAAAGCAACACUUCCCAAAGAAGACAUACAGAU